AUGGCAGCUCUUGGUUUCCUUCAGCUGUCCCCUCCUAGUUCAGCUGGUUUUCAGCUCGAUUUUGCUGGUUCCUCAGCUUUUCUGCUGGUGGCUUUUCCCUUUCAGCUGGUUUGCGCUGGGUUUCUCUUUGGACAUGCAUUGAUGGUUUCUGCUGCUACUGGUUUUCUCAGCGGUUCCCUCUUGUUUCUCUAUGCUUUGGCUCUGCUGGUUUCAGCUGCACCUUCAGCUG